AAGGAUAAUUGGUUAGAUUUUCGACUCUGGUUUAGGCUUCUUUGUUUAUUUUGUUUUUGCUACUCUCGUUCUUUUGUUGUUCCGGAAGAUGAAGAUGCAGAUGUGGUUCGUGGAUGUACCUUUUCAUCCGGCAGUCAUUUUUUAUUUUAUUUUAUAUCCUUUUUAUUUUAUAUCCUUUUAGUUUAUUCAAGUUUUGUGGGUCUGCUUUGGCUUGUCUGCUUCGGAUGGUUUUGGUUGCUGGAGAUAUCAGCGAAACACUGUAGGCUCUUUGGUUUUGUGUUCCUCGUGUUUUCUAUUUUCAUGACGGUAGGUGGGAUGAAGGCGCAAUAUAAGUCAAUUGAUCACUAUGGGCGAUUUGAUUUGGAGGUGGACGAAGGCAAAGCAGUGAAAGCAAUGAAGAUAAAGCAGCAAAUUCAAUGAUGGAGGUUGAAACAAGUGGAUGAAAGAAUGGGGUUGGGGCGAGUUCUGAACAAUAAUCUCACCCGAAAAGCUGAGUCUGAAUAAUUCUAGUUCGUGAUUGUGUUUUUUUUCGUUUUGAGUUUUACUUUGAGACUGCUAGUUUUAAUUUUAUUUUAUUUUCGUUGGUUUAGGCCUUUUUAGGUGAGAUAUUAGGAUGUUUUUUGUUAGUACUAUGGUGUUGAGCACUCGGCUAGUGAGGGUUCUGCACGACAAUUCUUUACUUUUGGUCAUAAUAGGCAUGCCACAUGUUGAAUGGAUAGUGAAUUGUGCUUUUAGCAUAUACCAUUAUAAUUCUAUAAUGGUCAAAUAAAUUCUUAUAUAGGAGGCUCUGUCUGGCCGUCGCGAUUUGGGACGGUUCUCAGUGGAAUUUUUUAUUAAACUUUUUAACAUUUCAUUCAUCAAGUCUAGUUUACUCAUACCAAAUUUCAGCUAAAAAUUCAAUCGGG